GUUGCCUGUCCCAAGAAUAGUGAACUGUUAACAAUCUAGUAGGCAUAAUGUGAGAGAGUGGAGAAAUUGGGAGGCAAACACAGCAGCCUAUUUCCCUUUCAGUAACCGUGUUGCGUUUCGACAAGAAACACAAAAACACCAUAUCGCAAUUGGCCAUGAACGUUCAGCUCGACAGGAUUCGUUGUGCAAUUUAAACUAAUAAUACCCACGCCAGAAUCGUCAUAUUCUUGUGAAUCGAAAAGGUGAACUUUCUGUUUUUACAUAAUUCAGGAAUAUCCAAGUUUUUGUUAUGUGACACUGUACAUCAGAAUGGCCUGCCAUGUUCGGCGGUUCAGAGCGACGUCGGUCGUCGAAUGUGCGCUUCAAGCAACUGUUCCACGAGCUCAAACAACAAUUCCCUACAAUUCCUGACGAGGUCAUAGCCAACUGCAUCUCUUCCUCCAAAGACACCAACAUCGUAGACGAACUCAAGUCCAGAGUAACAUCAAGGUGUUCUUCAGAAGAGCCCAUGGGACGUCCCUCAAUCGACAACGAAGUCCCUUCAUUGAAACCUGAAGAACCCGACAGAAGAGCAAGUGUCCCAGAAGAUUCACCAAGGAAAAAAGUUUUGGAAGGUCGAAGACAUAAAAGAUCAACGAAGACGGUUAAAGAAGAUUGCUUCUUUGAUUACCUCGAAGGUUCCUCUCCAGAUACCGAGAAUAAUGAUGGUGAAAGAGGAAGCAGGAAACUCUCUAGUCUGUUGAGAAAAACAGUAAGGAGCAUCAAGAUCCCAACGAAGAUAGACCACAAACUCACAGGGAGGAAGCAUAACAACCACAGGAAACAGCAAUCUAAGAGAGACUCAGAAGAUUCAUCUCCAAGAGAAUCAUCAACGUCCCCAACAGAUCAAGAAGAGGCACAAGCAUCUCCUACAGUCUCAGCAUUGAAGGAAACCUUCGAACCUAAAACCAAUGGAAUUCGCGAAAGAAAAACCCCUCCCAGAGUGAGUUCAUCAGCCACAAGACGUUCGGAGAUGAGCAAAAGUGCUGCAGAAUCUACUAGAAACUCAUCGUCCUCAACAUCUUCGCCUAAACGCCCGACUUCUCUAGCUUUAAACAGUGUUAAAUCUGACGGUAAAGGUUGGAAGAACGGUUUGCAGUUGUCCGAGAAGUGCAGAAACGUACCAAAGUUGUUAAACGCGAAUCUUCUUAGUGACAAGCCUCCUAGAUCUCCAGUGUAUAAUAAAAAAGCGGUUGGUGCUAAAGGUAGAAACGGUGUGCACGAUUCGAAAGUAAUAAGUUCGCCUGGUAGUGACAAAGAAGAGACACCUAGUGUAUCUAAAGACAGUGGUGUGAAUACCGGUGCCAGGAAGAAAGAAACUGUAUCAACUCCCACUCAAACGACUGAAACUCUUCUCGGAGACCCUACUGGUGGUAGUGUUAACGUAUCCUUCAAUGUCAAUUGCUCACUAGACGUCAUCCAAAGUCCUGUUAACCCUAAACGAACAUCCACGCUACAAGUAACACCAGAAACACCUUGGGGUAUAAGGGAACCUACCUCUCCUCGUAGCUAUACGACUGUUAACCUCACUUUAAGACCUCCAUGCUCCACGCCACAACCUCCAAUAGACAUUACAUCACAGAAUUCAAGUCUGACCUACUCCACGAGUAGCUUCGAUUCCGAGAAAGGUUUGCAAAAACGUUUGCAAAUUACGGUUGGUCCUACUGGUGGUAACGUUAUUGCUAGUAGGGUGAGGCCAGAGGGUUGUGAGUUUGAAGUAUCUGCUAGCACGCCCACUACGUUUGACGUACCUGUAAGAAGAUCUGUGGACGGUAUGGCGGCAUAUGAAGAUCCGCCCGUUGUGGUGAAGCAGCAAGCGAUGAUAGAAAGGCUACGGAUAUUAUUGACCAACGAGAAAACUAGGCUGACAGUACUGAGGCAGGAGGUAGCAGAUCUAGAGCGGAAAGCUAUCCGAAGUCCCUCCGAUAUUCAGAAAUGGUCCUUGAUGAAACACAAAAUUGCUCACCUGAGGUACCAGUGCAGAGGUUUGGUACCAGAUGGAAAUGAUACCAACGAACCUGAAUUCUACCCUAAUAUAUACCGUGGGCAACAGGGAAUCCUGAUCGCACCAGACAUCAGAACAUCACACCAAAACGACUACUACCAGCAAGACCACGAUGGUCCCAAGUGGAGCUGCGACGUCUGUACAUUCCACAACCAUCCUCAGCUUAACAAGUGUGAGCAGUGCGAUAUGCCUAGGUUUAUCCACGUAUCUGCAGCUCCAGGGGAUAAUAUUCAUAUUCAUGUUUCUCCCAGAAUUUCAAGAAGAAUUGUCAGAUCAUGGCAAUGAGAGGGAUUGAAACUAAGUAGAAGAUUCCAUCAAGAAUUUCAAGAGAUAAAAUAAUGAAAUUUCAAAUAAUUAUCGUUUUUUUGGAUGAAAUAAAACUCUUGAAACUAUAAGUAAUAUCCAGUUAAACACAGCAGAAUAGAGAAAGACUUUCUAAGCAACAAACAGAGAUCUUUCAGAAAUAACUUAUUAGUAAAUUUAAUUUCAAAUAUCGUCAAACCAGAUGAAAGAUUGCUCAAUUCUCAUUAUAUGAUUGUUUUUCAACAUCUUAGACGAUAGCAAGAGAUACGAUGUACAUUUUUUUUAUUGAUUUGUGACUCAAAGAAAAUUAUUUUUAAUAUUUUAUAUUUUUCCCAAAAUAGGUUGAAUUUUUUAUUAUUGAUG